GGGGAGGGUUGUAAAGGCUACGUCUGAUUCGCUAACCUCGGCCGGAGUGACGCGUCUCCUUCCGCCUAAGCUGGCUGUGCAGUUGGAGGCAUUCGCAGGGGAUCGGCCGCGUUGGAGGAUUGUAGCGUGGUGUGGGCAGUGCUUUUACGAAGGGGAAGUAGGGGAAACAGUGGCACGGCUCUCCCCGGCGCCAUACACCAACGGGGACAUUUUCAAUGGUGGCUUGUACGACUAGUGCUCAUUAAAGUACACGGGAAAUGCCAGCGAGGAUGAGAAAAUACGUCCGGGAAAGAUGACGAAACGGGUGUUUAUUAUAUUCUGCCUCUUUCUGGUUGGCUCAUGGUGUCCAUAUCAGCAAGUGUGUUGCAGUGAGAACACAAUACAUACUUUACCAAGUGAACAAAAUGCUGAUAAUACAGUGAGUGAAGGCGAGACUGCUAAGCAAAAUGAUGAAAUGGAUCAGCUGAAAACCCUUGAACUGAAGGAAACAGUUGUAGCUGAAAAUCAAGUAAUGGAAGAUAUUGUAGAAGACUGUGCAAAAGAUGAAAAGGUUGAAAAUCCAAUACAAGUUCAGACUAUUCCAGUGGUGGACACAGACUCUAAAGACCUUGAAGAGGGAACUUUGAAUCUGGCGACUGGCACAGAAAACAUUUCUAGUUCAUCUACCUCAAUUCCUUCUGUUCCUCAGUCAGAUGCUGUAGAAAAUUCCAGUGGCGCUCUCCCUGUAGCCAGCUUUAGUGAAGCUGGGCAGUCAGAAUCUGACUGUGACAUUGGGGGGGCAGUAGAGGUUGACCCUAUGAGUGAACCAUCCUUUAUCAAACCACCAGUAAGACUUGUGGGUCAUCAUACUGAAAACAUCUCCGUUCAGCACAGUGAAAGAAAAGCAACAUCACAAGAACAGGAGGAAAUGGUGUCCAAAUCUCCAGAAGCUGAACAGGAAAAGCCAAAGUUACCUCUCAGUUCCUCAGAGCAUACAGAAAAAAAGAAAAUGGAUCAAAAAGAAGCAACAGGAGUUGACUUAGUAGCUCCUGGAGGUACAAAGGACAUUCCAACAUUUGAUGAAUGGAAAAAACAAGUUAUGGAAGUUGAAAAAGAAAAAAGCCAGUCAAUGCACCCUUCAUCAAAUGGAGGACAGCAUACUGUGAAGGUCCAAAAAAACCGAAACAAUUAUGCUUCAGUGGAAUGUGGCGCAAAAAUACUUUCUGCCAACCCUGAGGCCAAGAGCACAUCUGCAAUACUAAUAGAAAACAUGGACCUGUACAUGUUAAAUCCAUGUAGCACAAAAAUUUGGUUUGUUAUUGAACUGUGUGAGCCUAUCCAAGUGAAGCAACUUGAUAUAGCAAACUAUGAGCUUUUUUCUUCUACUCCAAAAGAUUUCCUGGUUUCAAUAAGUGACAGGUAUCCAACAAAUAAAUGGGUAAAGCUUGGUACUUUCCAUGCAAGAGAUGAAAGAAAUGUUCAAAGUUUUCCGCUAGAUGAGCAGAUGUAUGCAAAAUAUGUCAAGAUGUUCAUCAAGUACAUAAAGGUGGAGCUGAUAUCACAUUUCGGAUCAGAGCACUUUUGCCCCUUAAGUCUCAUAAGGGUUUUUGGCACCAGUAUGGUGGAGGAAUAUGAAGAAAUUGUUGACUCCCAAUACAGUUUAGAGCGUCCAGAACUAUAUGAUGAAGAUGAAGAUUAUCCAAUUGAUUAUAACACAAGAGAUGAUAAAUCUUCUAAAAAUCUUCUUGGUUCAGCUACAAAUGCCAUUCUUAGCAUGGUGAAUAAUCUUGCUGCUAAUAUGCUGGGUGCGAACACAGAGGACAAAAGCUCUGAAGGGAAAGAACAAAAUGGAAGCAAGGCUGAAAAUCUAACCUCAGAAAUUUUGGAUAAAGAUAAAGCAAAGCCAUCUGAAGAAAUGCCAACUCAGAUACCAACUCAGAUCACGCAAGAAACCGAAAGUUUGACUGCUCCCACAGCACAUGUGGUUCCGCUGGAAACUACAAAAGAGAGCCCCAUAGUUCAGUUGGUGCAAGACGAGGAAGAGGAACAGCAUGGGCAAUCGACAGUUACCCUUCUGGAAAGUGAUGACCAGGAGGAAGAAAGGACUUCCUGGUAUGCAUAUGAGACCCAGAUAUACUGCGGUGAACUGGCAACCAUUUGUUGCAUCUCCAGCUUCUCAGAAUACAUUUACAAAUGGUGCUCUGCUAUUGUCGCUAUUUACAGACAGCGAAGUAAAACCUCUGAAAGCAAGAGAAAAGAGGAUAGUGAUGAGUUCACUUAUCAACCUUUGGCAAGUCAAGCUACAGUUGAUGCUUCCUUUGGGAAGACUGUUUCUGACCCUUCUGAGAGUAAAAUGACUGGAGAAACAGAUUUUAUUUUGGUGAAUUCAGGGGAAAUUUUUUCAAGCAAUAUUUUAAACAACAAUGUUGAAUCCAUUGUCUUGGAACCAAGUCAGACGCAAACUAUUUCUCCAUCAGUCCUGUUACAUAUAACAUCAAGUGAAAAGUCUGCAUUGCCUACACCUGUUCUAGAGACAACAAAAGCUGAAGUUGGUUCAGACUCUAAAUUAAUGUCUUCAGAGGCUUUACAAGCGCAGCUUACUGAUGUUAAAACAAGUGAGGUUUUUGCCCAAGUUGUGACCCCAACUGCAAGCCUGGAAACCGUUAAUAUAUACGACACAGUAGAGCAAAACAUCAAAGACCAUGCGGAUAAUAUCAAUAUUACAACUACUGAGAUCUUUGCUUCUCAGGAAUCUACCACUGCCCCUAUUGAUAGUGACUUGGAGGAACCACAGAAGCCAAUUGUGACACAAACUAUUGACUCCCAAACUACAGCUGACAAAAAGGAAGAAGAGACAGUAGACGAUUCAGUCACAGGUGCCCUGCAGAGGUCAACAACAGAUUUUUAUGCAGAGCUACAGAACUCUACCGAUCUGGGUUAUGCAAAUGGGAAUCAGGUUCAUGGAUCCAACCAAAAAGAAUCUGUAUUCAUGAGACUAAAUAACCGCAUUAAAUCUCUGGAAGUCAAUAUGUCCCUUAGUAGUCGCUAUUUAGAAGAACUUAGUCAAAGAUAUCGAAAACAGAUGGAAGAAAUGCAGAAAGCCUUUAACAAGACAAUAUUAAAGCUUCAAAACACUUCAAAAAUAGCAGAAGAGCAGGAUCAGAGACAAACAGAUGCUAUUCAGUUGCUGCAAGCACAGCUGCUUAAUAUGAGCCAACUGGUGUCUAAUCUUUCAGCAAGUAUGGUUGAACUGAAAAGAGAGGUCUCUGACCGCCAGAGUUACUUGGUUAUUUCCCUCGUCCUAUGCGUUAUCUUGGGGAUAAUAACUUGUUUCCAGAGGUGUCGAGGUUCUUCUCAGUUCAGUGAAGAUGACCUCUCUAAUAUACCAAAAAGCAAUAACUAUCCCAGUCCAAAACGGUGUUUCUCUUCCUAUGAUGACAUGAAUAUUAAAAGAAGGACCACAUUUCCUUUGAUCCGCUCCCAUUCAUUUCAGCUCUCCAGCAAAGAAGUGGAUCCGGAUGAUUUAUAUAUUGUUGAACCACUGAAAUUUUCACCUGAAAAAAAGCAGAAAAAGCGUUGCAAGUAUAAAAGUGAAAAAAUUGAAACCCUGAAGCCUAUUGAUCCCUUAAAGGUGCUCCCAAAUGGUGAUGUGAAAACAAAGAAGCCUUUCACCAACGAGAGGGAUUUUGCAAAUAUCGGAGAGGUUUAUCACUCAUCCUACAAAGGCCCUCCUUCUGAGGGAAGCUCCGAAACAUCAUCUCAGUCAGAGGAAUCGUACUUCUGCGGGAUCGGUGCCUGCACAGCCCUCUGUAAUGGGACACUGCAGAAGACAAAAACUGAAAAAAGAGCCAUAAAGCGCAGGCGCUCAAAACUACAGGACCAAGGGAAGUUUAUCAAAUCAUUAAUACAGACUAAAUCUGGGUCCAUGCCAAGUCUACACGACAUUAUCAAAACCAACAAAGAACUAACCGUGGGAACAUUUGGGGUAACAACUGUUUCUGGCCGUGUCUAACUACACUGGUGGCUGGCACGGUAUAACCCCUUACUAUUUAUACACUUUCCAGUAAUGCAAAGAAGAUGCAGCUACUGGUGUGCAGAACUUCAAAUGACUGUGUUGACUUGUGUGAUAAUGAAGUUUUAAACACAGCCUGUGGAAUCUGUUUCACUUUACAAAUUGUUAUACCGAGUAGAUUUUUUCACAGUUUAAUUACUGGGGGAAAGAAUAUUCUGAUGCCCAGUUUGUUGGGUAAAAAGUAAGCUCAACUUACCUUCCAUACUUUACCCUUUUCCUGUAUUUUGCACCUUUAUAUAUUUAUGUGCCUUCUGUCUAUUUAUAAUGCAACUGGUAGGAAAAGCAUCAAAUGUGUAUGCCAGAUAAGGUUUUUAUGGUUUUGUUUUGUUUUUGUUUUUUUCCACUUUUUCCAAGUUUAGCACUACAACACAUUAGGCCAUUUCCUGGAGCAACACUGAAACAAAGAUUUUGGUGAAAAAAAUCAGAUUUUUAGAAUGUCUGCAUGUAUUAAGUGGUGUGUGUGUGUAUGUAUGUGUGUGUGGUUUUGUUUUUGUUAGGACAUUUCUUGAGUAUUUAUAUUUAUAACCUUAUACCUCUGUAGAAUGCCGCAAGUCUCUGCUACUAAUUUGACAUGCCAUUGCUAACUCACUAUAUCGGCAAAAAAAAAAGCCAUAUAGGAAUAGCUAGUCUGCAUAGCAAAAUCAUUCAGAGUAGAAGAGGGGUUGAAAUAAUAUUUAUUUUCUAGCAUAUUAUUACGGAUCAAAGACUGGAAUAAUAGCUCACUGCUCAACUAGUGAAUUUAGUUAAAACUGAAUUUUUUGAAAUCUGUUGAAAUUAGAUAUGUGUGUUGGCAUGUUCAAAAUAAUGCACUCAAACUAAGCCAAAGUUUCCUUGAGAACAAUCAGCUUUCUUGUUGCUAGAGAAGUGUACUGUACCAUUCAUUAAUGCUGCUCACAGGUCACUAAUUAUAACAAUGCUUAUAAGAAAUGUACAACAGAUGUAGCACUUAACUAGGUACUGAAUAUAUAUAUACAGUGCUAUACAUCCUCUAUACGCUUCAUAGUCACAGUGUAUCAUUCUAAUGUUCAGUUACUGCAUCUAGUAAAUAUGGUUUGCUACUAGAAAAUGUUGCGUGGGUUCUAAACAAGCUAUUUGUCACAUUGCCUUUGGGGAGCAGUGCAGCUUUAUUCUCAUGCUUCAGUGUAAUUAUUUAUGAUUGCAUUAAGUUAAAUGCCGGAGACUAGCAGCUAGCCAUUUGUUAUAAACAGCAGCACACAAUCCACAGGCAACCUGUACCAAUUCCCAUACUGACCCUGCUUUAUAAAUCAAAUGCAGGUCUUUAGAUAUUUGUUUCAGAAUUUGUUCACACUGUUGAGACAUGGGUGAAUUAAUUUGACUGCUUUUCCUUCUGAUUUUAAACCCGAACAUUUAUAGAUUUCCUAUAGUAUUUGUGAUUUUGUGUGUAUUUUUAAAAUCAACUACUCAGUGCACUCAAAGUCAUGCAUCAUCCACACAAGUUAGCCAUGGCUUUGGUGGUCAUUUAGUCAACAUUAUGUUGCUUAUGCACAGUAAUAAAUGUAGUAGUUGGUGUGUUAUGGAUGACCCAUUCCUCAUAUUACAAUAUGUCUGGCCGGCUUUUGGCCCAUCACCCAUUACAACCAUACAGCACAUGGAUUUAACUUGUAGAUAGAUGGGUGAAAGGAGAGUUCUGAUUGGCUAGUAUACAUGACUGGAUUAGCACUGCUUUUAAUGUAUAACCCUUUGUUACUUUGGGUUGAGUUUUUGCAGUCAUUUUGAGUUUUAUUAGUUCCUGUUUAG